AUGGUAUCCAGGCACAAUGCAAAUGAAAGGCUGGAUCCAGAGUACUGUAUCCCCCAUGGCAAAGGCCAGGUGAGCUGGGAUGGGGCAGAGAGGCAGCCACCAGAGCCAGAGAUGCUUUCAGUAGCUGGCCUAGCCCAGACUGCCCUCCUCGUGGCUACGGGCUCUGCUGGGAACCUGUCACCUCCUGAUGGUUACAUCCAAGCCUGCAGAGGACUGAUGAUCUCCGCCGUCUGCCUGGGCUUCUUUGGUGCCGUUUUCGGACUGGUUGGGAUGAAGUGUACAAAAGUUGGAGGCUCCGAUCAGACUAAAGCAAAAAUAGCUUGUUUAGCUGGACUGAUUUUCAUACUCUCUGGGUUGUGCUCUAUGACUAGUUGUUCCCUGUAUGCAAACAGGAUUACGUCUGAGUUCUUUGAUCCUUCUUUUGUUGCACAAAAGUAUGAAUUGGGAGCAGCUUUGUUCAUUGGAUGGGCUGGAGCUUCCCUCUGCAUCAUUGGUGGCAGUAUAUUCUGCUUCUCAAUAGCUGAUAACAGUAACUCUCCAAGGAGGGGGUAUGCAUAUAACGGAGCCACAUCUGUGAUGUCUUCUCGUACAAAGGUCCACAACACUGUCCCCGACAAAACCCCACCAAAGCACUUUGACAAGAACGCUUAUGUUUAAUUCUACUGUUGGAAGAGCCAAAGCAUUUUAAAAAUGAGUUUGUACGUUUCAUACAGUGAUUUUUCCCCCAACCCCAAUGUAAUUACCACUAAGACAAUGACUUUUUAAAACAUUAACUUGCAGCUUUUUACAUGUUGAUGUAAAUUUUAUUAUAUAAUAUUUUAAGAUUGAUGUUGGUACUGUAAAGUUUAUACCUGGAAAUCAUGAGCUGAUGUUGCUUUCUUGAAAAUAAUAAACGUGGUAUUUACCAA